AUGAGGCCUCUUCGCCGGCGUUUCUUUAUCCCCAUCAAUGUAAUUUCCAUAUCCAACUGGCGUAGAUACGCCACCAAGUAUGUCGCCAAGGUCACUUCAUCAUCUCCCUCUGGCCGAUCAGUCUCCGCCGAAGUUUCCCUUCCUAAUCCCCUCCCGGCCGACGUACGUGGCUACCCUCUUCCUCGCCGAGAUCUCAUCUGCCGAGUAACCAAUCUCCUUCUCCGCCACGUAACCUCUUCUAAUCUCUCCGAUGCUUUCUCCGACCUCUCUGAUUACUUCUCCUCCCUCUCACUCUCCCUCACUCCCGACGAAGCUUCAGAGAUUCUCAAAUCCCUAAACUGCCCUCGCCUUGCCGUCGCGUUCUUCCACUUCGUCCCCUCCGUGUGCCCUAGCUCUUACCACGACCCGUUCCUCUACAACCGCAUCAUCUUAAUCCUUUCCAAAUCUAACCUCCCCGACAGAUUCGAUCGCGUCCGUUCGAUUCUCGAUCUGAUGGUGAAGACUAACGUACGUGGCAACAUCUCCACCGUUAAUAUCUUAAUCGGUUUCUUCGGGAAUGCGGAAGAUUUACAGACGUGCUUAGGGUUGGUGAAGAAGUGGGAGUUAAAGAUGAACUCUUUCACCUACAAGUGUCUCCUUCAAGCUUACUUAAGGUCUCGUGAUUCUUUAAAGGCAUUCGAUGUGUAUUGCGAGAUUAGGAGAGGAGGGCUUAAGCUCGACGUCUUCGCUUACAAUAUGCUAAUUGAUGCUUUAGCUAAAGAUGAAAAGAUUGAUCAGACUUGUCAAGUUUUCGAAGACAUGAAGAAAAAGCAUUGUAGAAGAGAUGAGUAUUCCUACACGAUCAUGAUCAGGACAAUGGGAAGGCUUGGGAAAUAUAACGAAGCUGUUACUCUGUUCAAUAAGAUGAUAAUUGAAGGACUUACUCUUAACGUGGUUGGUUACAAUACUCUUAUGCAAGUUCUUGCAAAAGGCAAGAUGGUUGAUAAGGCUAUUCAGGUUUUCUCCAGGAUGGUUGAAACGGGUUGUCGACCAAAUGAGUAUACGUACAGUCUGGUUUUGAAUCUUUUAGUAGCUGAAGGUCAGCUUGUAAAGUUGGAUGCGAUUGUGGAGAUGUCCAAGAGAACGCUGAGUAAACUAGGGCAUGUAAGUGAGGCUCACCGACUGUUUUGUGAUAUGUGGAGCUUCCCUGUGAAAGGAGAGAGAGAUAGUUACAUGUCGAUGCUAGAGAGUUUAUGCGGUGCGGGUAAAACAGUUGAAGCCAUAGAGAUGUUGAGCAAGAUUCAUGAGAAAGGUGUGAUUACAGAUACUAUGAUGUACAACACUGUCUUCUCUGCGCUUGGGAAGCAAAAGCAA